AUGUUUGGUUCACUCCCCAUGAACAAUCAGCAACAAAAGGUUCCAAACAUUCAACAAGGCCAAAAUGGCCUCAGUCGAGCCACGACCGUUGAUCUCGACCAUGUGUUGGUCGAAGAAGUUACGGAAGUUGCUAGAGGAUCUGUCUUAAGGCCGAAUAAAGCCACUUCAUUGGAGGUCCAACAACUCAUUUGGGCGAUGGAAACUUCAAACCAACUCAACCAUCAACGAAUGCAAGAGACGGCUCAAAAUAUUGCUCAUGCUGUGGCCCAGACCAUGGCCUCUCAAAAUGCUCAAAUGAAUGAAAGGUUGGAUCGAUUGCUAGGCCAACAAAAUGGCCAAAAUGGAAAUCGAGUGGCGCCAAACGGAGUGCUAGCGACAGAGCCUUAA